AUGCAGCCCAAUUCCAUUAUGCUCGCGCUUGCAUCCGCCACCACUUUGCUGGCAACUCCAAUGGAAGAUUUUCCCAAACAAGCUCGUUCUGAGUUAGAAGGGAUCCACGAGCGCGACACUUGGGAAGAACUCUACCGCGAGAAAGUCUCAAACCCAAAGGAUUCCUUAGUCUUCUAUGGACACGGCAAGACUACUCAGCCAAACACCAAGCCCAAUCAACUCCGCCCACGAGCGACACCAAGCUGUGGAGGUGACAUUAACCCCAAUUGCGACGACGAUCAUACCGCACGCAACGAAAUCUGCGACAAAUUGAUCGAGGAACUCAAGGAGAAUUCUGAUGUUACAAUAGCAGAGGAGCCUCGUCAAGUUUGCUACCAGGGGGCCGGCUCUGAUAAGAACAGAUUUUGCUGCGCUUCCUGGGGUGAUGCUGUUUCCGGUCUUACGAAAGGGGAUUUGGUGCCAUGGGCCCGUCACAUUUCUACGAGUUGCACAGUGAGCGGAGUCUCGGGGAAGCUGGAGAAUGUCAAGGUGCAUGACAGUUGUACCGAUUUUUGCUUGUCCAAUAGGGGUACUCACUGCUGA